AUGCCGCCGAAGAAGCUGCCACCAAAGACGUCCCAGCAGAAGCCACAAAGACGGACGCCACAGCAACAGCAACAGCCACAGCAACAGCAACAGCCACAGCAACAGCAACAGCAACAGCAACAACAACAACAACAACAACAGCAACAACAACAGCAACAGCAACAGCGACAGAGACCGCCACAGACUGCCCCAAAACGUCGAGCAAACAAUGCAUCUCCCAAUCCCACUCCCUCCAGCACAUCAGCCAUCCCCGAGCGUGACGUGAAACAAAGCUCGUCCGUCAGCGCCCAGCUGGCCCUCGAAGCAGCAAAGAAGGCUUACGAACUCCGUCAAGCAGCGUAUGGCGCCGCCGACCCUAACGCCCGGGAAGAAAUCCUGGCCAAGGCCGUCAACAAGGAGAUCGAGGCCGAGUCCUUCGGCAAGGCCGCCAAGUACACUCGGUCGGGCGCGUUCCAGGGCCUCGCUGCCGGGGCGGGUCUCGGUGUCCAACCCGGCGUGACUCUAGGGAAGUUGACCGGGGCGCUGGUUGGCGGGGUGGUGUCAUCGGCCGGCGCUUUGCUGGGCGGUGGUGUCGGCUCUGUUUACGGCGCCAUCAGUGGUCCGUUCUGGGAUUUGGGGCAGAUGGCCAGCCACGGCGUCAGGAGCAUCGUCGGAGAUUUUCCAAACUGGGAGGCCACGUCGGGCCAAAAGAAGGCGCUGGAGAAGAUGGUGUUGCAGGCGCAGCAGACCCAGGCUCCGAACCAGGACGAAUUGGAGGAGAUGCGGCGCGAUGACGGAGGUCGCGGUCAGGAGGAUUACCAGCAAUGGGUCAAGGACUUGACAAGCUACAUCCCGAGUAUGCCAUCGAUGCCGAAAAUGCCCUCAAUGCCUUCCAUGCCUUCCAUGCCGUCGAUUCCAGGCCUAGGGGGAUCAUCCAAGGGGACCAACCCUGCUCCGCCGUCCGGAAAUAAGCCACAGGCUACUACGGCAUCAGAUCAGACCCAGAAACCAAAAGCACCCUUAGCAAAGCCUCAGGCGGCCUCUAAGCCUCAGCCAGCCCCUCCUGGCCCUCCAAAAGCUUCUAAGCAGACGCGCCAGACAACAUCCCAGCCGAAGACGGAAGAAACUGCCCCGCGGAGGGCGCCUAAGAAGCUGGAGACCAGGUCGACAGGAACUACGGCACCGUCGACUCAGUCCGGCCCUCGAAGAAAGCCUCCCAAGUUAGAGACGCGAUCCAAACCCUCGACCACAAAGGCAUGA